UAUAAUCUUUUUCUGUUUAUCCUCAUCAUAAUUAUCAAUAUUAUAAGCUGGUUAUGGCGGCGAAUAACAUUGUGAAGGAGAUCCUGGCGAGGCCUAUACAAUUGGCGGACCAGGUGACGAAGACGGCGGAGGACGCGCACUCCUUCAAGCAGGACUGCAUGGAGCUGAAGGCGAAGACGGAGAAGCUGGCGGGUCUUCUCCGGCAGGCUGCGAGGGCGAGCAGCGACCUCUAUGAGCGCCCGACCCGCCGCAUAAUCGACGACACCGAGCAGGCCCUCGACAAGGCCCUGGCGCUCGUCAUCAAGUGCCGCGCCAACGGCAUUAUGAAGCGCGUCUUCACCAUCAUCCCUGCAGCCGCCUUCCGCAAGAACUCGACUCAGCUCGAGAACUCCAUCGGUGACGUCUCGUGGCUCCUCCGCGUCUCCGCCUCCGCCGACGAACGCGACGACGAGUACUUAGGCCUCCCUCCGAUCGCCGCCAACGAGCCAAUCCUCUGCCUGAUAUGGGAGCAGGUCGCGAUUCUCUUCACGGGCUCGUUGGACGAGCGAUCCGACGCGGCUGCUUCGUUGGUGUCCUUGGCCCGGGACAACGACCGUUACGGCAAGCUCAUAAUUGAGGAAGGCGGGGUCGCUCAGCUUCUUAAAUUGGCGAAAGAAGGAAAAAUGGAAGGUCAGGAGAAUGCGGCGAGAGCGAUCGGGCUGCUUGGACGGGACCCAGAAAGCGUUGAACACAUUGUGAAUGCCGGGGUAUGCUCGGUGUUCGCGAAAAUCCUCAAAGAAGGUCAUAUGAAGGUUCAGGCUGUUGUGGCUUGGGCUGUUUCGGAAUUAACCGCAAAUCAUCCGAAAUGCCAAGACCACUUUGCGCAAAACAAUGCAAUUAGGCUUCUCGUCAGCCAUCUCGCCUUCGAGACGAUUGAGGAACAUAGUAAGUACGCCAUUGUUAGCAAGCAGCAGAUGUCUAUUCAUUCCGUUGUGAUGGCGAGUAAUAGUACUAGUACAGAUAAUCAGGAACAGAACAACCGGAGAGGAAACGACGAGGAGGAUAAGCAGAUUUCGCAUCCGAUGGGGAACCAAGCCCCGAGUCAGAUGCACAACGUUGUGACCAACACUCUGGCCAUGAGAAGCCAGAGUAGUACUAGGCCACCCGCCGCGCCACAGAAUCAGGCGGCGAAUCACCAUUCUCACCAUGGCAAGAGCAAUCAUCAGACAGGCAUAGGGAAACAGCAAAACCAUCAGAACCACACGCCGGUUUCGCUAGCAGGGGCGAGUAUUAAAGGGAGGGAAUUCGAGGAUCCUGCAACCAAGGCAGAGAUGAAGGCUAUGGCCGCGAGAGCUCUUUGGCAGCUUUCGAGAGGAAAUGUCGCGGUUUGCCGCAGCAUCACGGAGUCUAGAGCGCUCUUGUGCUUCGCGGUUUUGCUAGAGAAAGGUCCAGACGAUGUCCAAUCUUACUCGGCUAUGGCUUUGAUGGAGAUCACAGCUGUGGCUGAGCAAAACUCUGAUUUGAGACGCUCUGCUUUCAAGCCUACCUCCCCUGCUGCCAAAGCAGUGGUUGAGCAAUUGCUGAAGAUCAUUGAAAAGGCAGAUUCCGAACUCCUCAUUCCCUCUAUCAAGGCCAUAGGCAACAUCGCGAGGACUUUUCGAGCCACCGAAACGAGGAUGAUCGGACCGUUGGUGAAGCUUCUCGACGAGAGGGAACCGGAGGUUACAAUGGAGGCUGUGAUUGCACUUAGCAAGUUUGCUUGCACCGAAAACUUUCUUCAUGUCAAUCAUAGUAAAGCCAUCAUAGAUGGAGGAGGGACUAAGCAUCUGAUUCAACUUGUUUAUUUCGGAGAACAAAUGAUUCAGAUUCCUGCCCUUAUUCUCUUGUGUUACAUUUCGUUACAUGUUCCGGACAGUGAAAUUCUUGCUCAAGAAGAGGUGCUUAUAGUGCUAGAAUGGUCAACAAAGCAGGCUCAUCUUGUUGAAGAGCCAGCUUUUGAAGCUCUUUUACCGGAAGCUAAAAGUAGGUUGGAACUUUAUCAGUCUAGAGGCUCCAGAGGUUUCCAUUGAUCUAA